GAGAGAGAGAGAGACGCUUCAAUUCCGGCGUGAACGCAAAUCAGCUUGGGUCUGUAUCCGGAGUCCUGAGUGUUCAAAUCUUUCGUCUCUCAACGAAAUACGAAAACAAAGUUUCCUAAGGGCACAUCAGCCACUCCUUCCUCCGGUGUUCCUCUUGGGUUUUUCCUUUGAGUGAUGAGAUGAGGAGUUAGAAAUACUACUUGAAAUGUUCCAGCCCUCUGCUCCGGGACCCAAAGGCAGAUCAUGGGAUCGUAGAGCUGUGUGACCAGCUUCAUCUGUGAAAGUGAAACUCUGCUUACCUCAAGACUCAUUUACAGCUGGGCUGCUACUGUCAGACUGGGCUGGAGGACAGUAAACUGCUACUGCUGCUGCUGGUGCAUUUUGUCUGGUGUGGGCUUCUCACAUUGUGGUGGGCACACAGACAGAAGCUUGCAUGCCCAGUGUUCCUCCCCCUCCUCCUCUCUCUCGCUCUCUCUCUCUGGCACAUACAAACCACACGUUUGGAGGAAGAGGCAGUGUGUGAGCGGUGGAUCCUGUGGUGUGGAGUGUACUGAAGACAGGAGUGGAGUGGCAGACUCUACCAUGCCAGUGCAGGGAGAAAGACUGAAGCGCUGUCUCUCUCUCUGUUUCUGGAGCCAGAGUCCUCUGCUGUUGCUUGGACUGUUCUCUCUUCAGCCACAAGCACACGGCAACAUAUUAGACCGUAUGCUGCUAAGAGCAUCCAGUAAGGAGGCAGGGGAGAGUGGGAAGGAGACUAGUGGCAACACAGCUCCUGCAUCAUCCUCCCAAAGACUACUGUGGUGUCACUGCUAUCACCACUGCCCAGAUGAUUCAAAAAAUAACACAUGCAGGACAAAUGGCUACUGUUUUACUUUGGUGGAGGAAGAGGGAGGGGUACCAGUCCAGACUGCAGGAUGCCUGGGACUGGUUGGGUCAGAGUUUCAGUGUAGGGACACAGGGAACUCAGUUCAAAGAAGAUCGCUAGAGUGCUGUACAGACCAAGAUUUCUGCAACAAAGACCUGCAUCCUACACUGCCGCCACUCAAACCACCUCUCUAUGUAGAUGGAAAGAUCCACCACAUGGCCUUGUUGGUCUCAGUCACUAUUUGCAGCAUUAUAUUGGCUGCCAUUGUUGUCUUCUGCUACUUCAGGUAUAAGCGUCAGGAGUCUCGUCCUCGCUACAGUAUUGGCCUGGAACAGGAGGAGACCUACAUUCCCCCUGGAGAAUCUCUGAAGGACCUCAUAGAGCAGUCACAAAGCUCUGGCUCAGGCUCAGGGCUCCCUCUUUUGGUCCAGAGAACGAUAGCCAAGCAGAUUCAGAUGGUGAAGCAGAUUGGCAAGGGGAGGUAUGGAGAGGUGUGGAUGGGCAGGUGGAGGGGAGAAAAAGUGGCUGUUAAAGUUUUCUUCACCACUGAGGAGGCCAGUUGGUUCAGAGAGACUGAAAUCUACCAGACUGUCUUAAUGAGACAUGAGAACAUACUGGGCUUUAUAGCUGCAGAUAUUAAAGGAACUGGAUCUUGGACCCAACUCUACCUAAUAACAGACUACCAUGAAAAUGGCUCUUUGUAUGACUACCUCAAAUCAACCACUCUAGACAACAAAGCCAUGCUGCGACUGGCCUACUCCUCCGUAUCUGGACUCUGCCACCUCCACACAGAGAUCUUUGGCACCCAGGGCAAACCUGCCAUAGCUCACAGGGACCUGAAGAGCAAGAACAUACUGGUGAAAAGAAAUGGGACUUGCUGUAUAGCUGACCUGGGACUGUCGGUCAAGUUUAUCAGUGACACCAAUGAAGUUGACAUCCCUCCCAACACUAGAGUUGGUACCAAACGUUACAUGCCUCCAGAGGUUCUGGACGAGACGCUGAACAGAAAUCAUUUUCAGUCGUAUAUCAUGGCCGACAUGUACAGCUUUGGGCUCAUUCUCUGGGAGAUUGCACGGCGUUGUAUAUCAGGAGGGAUCCUUGAAGAGUACCAGUUACCUUACCAUGAGUUAGUUCCUACAGACCCCUCAUAUGAAGACAUGAGAGAGGUGGUCUGCAUCAAGAGACUGCGACCAUCUUUUCCUAAUCGAUGGACCAGUGACGAGUGUUUGAGACAAAUGGGAAAGCUGAUGACAGAAUGCUGGGCCCAUAACCCAGCCUCCCGGCUUACAGCCCUACGGGUCAAAAAGACACUUGCCAAGAUGUCAGAAUCACAAGAUAUCAAGCUGUGAGCAGGCACUGCCAGGUGUGUGCAUACACACAUAAAAAGGGCUCUAGUCCAGGCCACACGAGCCUUUUUUUUCUGGGAAAACAAGACGGGACAGGAAGCAUGAGGCUCAGUUUGGAGAAUAGAUGAUUAUGAACAUUGUGUCCAGAUGCCCAGAACUCUCCAAAUCAAGUCCCCUUUGAACAAAUGACUACAGGACUACAGUGGUUUACUGAAACUUAAACAAAUUUUUUAUUUUUAUUUUUUAAAUCAGGUCUUGUGUGGCCUUGUUCUGUCUAUUGGAGAUGAGAAUUUCAUUUCAGACUGGUGUGAGAAUUCUAAAACCACAUAGCUGUAAGUUCCUGGUCACAUGCUGAAAAGGCCUUGGACAGAGAGAGUUUGAUUUGGCACUGUACUGUAUCUGCAGAGUUAUGCAGAUAGGCUACUGACCAGUGAGUGGAAUACUAUAUCACUGCUUUCUGUGAAAGCUACCCUACCUGUAGAUGAAGGUCUGACCGAUAGAAUGGAAGGGAUGUGUUUGAAGGCAAUCUGUUUUUGCAGCAUGACACCUCCUUUCAAAACACUGUCACCCCACUCCUGGCUUUAUAUUGUAAUUGGUUUGAACACAUUAAAUAGACUUUUGGUUACAUAAACUGAUACUAUGUAACAAAGUAUUUUGAGGCUUUAAAGGUUUUGUUUAUGCUGGUAACAUUUGUAGACACUGAUGGAAAGGUAUACCUGUAUUUUUGAGUUGUUAUGGGCUAUGAAAGUGUAUUUUCCAUGUAAAACUCAAACUCUUUAAGUCUAUAUGUGAAAAAUAAAGUUUAUGUCCAAAUAAAUUCUGGAUUGAGGUGCUAAAAGCCUCGGUUUCCUUCUGGUUUCCAUGAGUGAGGAGAUGAAGCAUUACAUUAAUGAAGUGAUUGAGGCAGAAUGGUGCCAUCUCUAGGAGCUCCACAGCCGUUACAGGAAGGGAAGUUUGCUUGAUGAUGUAGUUGUCUAUUAUUUCGUUUAUAUGCUGUGAGGAGCUGCUGCACCUGUUGCAUCCUGCUGGUGAGUAAAUGGUUUAAAAACCAUUACAAAGAAUCGCACUGCAUUAAAAAUACAGUGCUUCUAUCAGGUAAGUUUUUACAGUAAUUAAAAUUCUCACGUAACAGUCGUGUUAGAAAGGUUAACCG